AUGUUUGCAAAUCAAGAGGAUUUUUGGACUUCAGAUGAGGAGGAGGAAGAGGAGGAAUUAGAUGAAGACAAUGAAUUGGAUGAAAUUGACAAAAUUGAAGAAGAAGAAGUGGAAGAGAAAGAGCAGGAAAACGAUUCUGAUAUAAUGGAGAAGGAGGAAAAAAGUAAAGUGGAGGUUUCUAAAAAGGGUAUGAUAAGGAAAAAGUGGAGUAUUGAGGAUGAACAAGAUGUUUCAGAUUUCAGAGAAAUUAUAGGUUAUGAGCCUCUCGAGAGUAUUUUAAAUGAUAUUAAAGUAAAUAAUACAGAGUAUUCAGAGAAUUCCGAAAAUGUGGUGCUAAAAUAUCCUUAUGAAUUGGAUGAUUUUCAGAAAAGAGCAAUCAUAAAUAUACAUAAAGGAGAUCAUGUUUUGGUGGCAGCCCACACUUCAGCAGGAAAGACAGCAGUUGCAGAGUAUGCAAUAGAAUUAGCAAACAAGAAUGGAAGAAAAGCAAUAUAUACAUCUCCAAUAAAAGCUUUAAGUAGUCAGAAAUAUCGUGAGUUUUUGAAUAGAUUUAGGGAUUAUCCAGCACAUUCAUCAUUUACUCAAAGAAACAGAAUAGGUAUCAUAACGGGGGAUGUAAGUAUAAAUCCUGAUGCACAAUGUGUGAUAAUGACUACGGAGAUAUUGAGAACAAUGCUGUAUAGGAAUGAUCCAUGUAUUGAGCAAAUUCAGACAGUAAUAUUUGAUGAGGUUCAUUAUAUUAAUGAUUUGGAAAGAGGUGUGGUUUGGGAAGAAGUUUUAAUAUUAUUGGAUCCUAAAGUUCAAUUAGUUUUGUUAUCAGCAACAAUUCCUAACUACAUGGAAUUUGCCAAUUGGAUUGGAAGAAUUAAACAAAAUACUGUUUAUUGUAUUCGAACUUUGCAUAGGCCAGUUCCUUUGAAACAUUAUCUUUACAUUUAUGAAAAAUGCUUUCAGAUUAUGGAUGAGAAUAAUAAGUUUAAUAUAAAUGGCUACAAGGAGAUGUUGGACUUUAUCAAAACUUCAAAGGCAAAAAAAAGCAUUAGUAGUCUAAAGAACAAAGUUAAUAAGCUUAGUUCGUCUAUAAAUAAAGAAAGUUCUUCUUCUUUGCCUCAAGUACCAGAUCAGAAUCAAAAUACAUUAGAAUAUGACAAAAAUCAAGAAGAGGAUACAGAUAUAGAAAAUGAGCAAACACAAGACCAAGAUCAAGACCAAAACCAAGAUCAAGAGCAAGACCAAGACCAAGACCAAGACCAAGACCAAGACCAGGAUUCAAAGGACCAAAGCAAAGAUCCAUAUAAUCAAAUCCAAGAUUCAAAAGACCAAAACAAAGAUCCAUAUAAUCAAAGCCAGGAUCUAAAAGACCAAAUUUUAGACCAAGAAGUAGACAACAAUAUUGCAAUGCUCAGAAUUUCAGCAAUUAACAAACAGAUUUCUUCAUCUGGUAAAGGAGGAGGAGGCGUUAAGGGCUCUGGAGGGAUUAUAUCAUCUACCACAGAAACCAAGUUUAAAACUGAAGUUUAUAGGUUACAGGUGUUUUUGAAGCUUUUAGAGAAAAAUGAACAGUUACCUGUUAUUCUAUUUGGAUUUUCUAGAAGAAAGGUAGAACAAUUAGCAACUAGUCUUCCAAAUUUGAACUUUUUGUAUAAUCACAAUGAAAAGAGUAAUAUCAUAACUUUUAUCAAGGAAUCUACAAAUAAGCUAAAUGAGAUGGAUCAGAAAAUUCCUCAACUUUUGCAAUGUAAAGAGUUAGCUUUGAGAGGUAUUGGGAUUCAUCAUAGUGGUAUGCUUCCAAUAAUUAAAGAAAUGACUGAGAUAUUAUUUACUAGAGGAUUAAUAAAAGUAUUGUUUGCAACUGAGACAAUAUCUAUGGGAAUCAAUUGUCCAGCUAGAUCAAUAGUUUUCACAAGCAUUAAAAAGUAUGAUGGAAGAAAAAACAGAAUACUUCUUUCUUCUGAGUAUACACAAAUGUCAGGAAGAGCUGGUAGAAGAGGUAUCGAUACUUUUGGUAAUGUAUUUAUUUUUAAUUCAUCUCAUGAAACUAUACCAGAAUGUAUUGAUAUUGUAAAGAUGAUGCUUAAUACUUACUUACCAGUACAAAGUAAAUUUAGGUUGACUUACCAGAUGAUUCUCCAACUUUCUUGUAGACAUUCUCUUACAAUUGAGGAUAUGAUGACUAAAUCUUUCAAAGAAAUGUUUAGGGCUAUUAACCUCCCAAUUUUCCACAGGAAUUUAAACAGAAAACUCAAAAGACAUCAAAUUAUAGUUUCAAAACUCAAUUCUAUUUUCGAGUCUUUUAAUAGUAAUUUAGUGAUCUCAAAUUUCACCCAAAAGCAUACACAAGAUCAAGAUCAAGAUCAAGAUCAGGUUCAGGAUCAUCCAAGCCAAAAGUCUCUCUUGGAUAUGAUCAAUAAUCUUAUUUCAACAAUUCAGGCUUCUAGCUCUAUUUCAUUCCAUCUUUUUCAAAAGCUUUCUAAUUCUUCAAUUAAUAAAAACAUUCUUACUCAGAAGAUUCUUAACCCAGGGAGAUUGAUUCUUUUUAACUCCUUUGCACUAACAGGUAAUUCUCUCCCAAUGUUUGCAAAUAUUCUGGAAUACAAUCCAAGUUCUACCCUCUUUUCAGUGAUUGUAUACUCUCCACAGUUUACUGACUUUGAGGCUAACUCACAAAACCAGGCCUUCUUUAGUUUAAAAAAUGAUAACAAUAACAACAACAGUUCUGAUACUCUAGAAAAGUCAAAUACAAAUUACCAGUUUUACGAUGUGGUGGAAGAAAGCAUUCAGAAAUACCAAAAUUCUAAUAAGAACAGGCAAAUCAAUGUUGUACAGAGCCUCAUAGACUUUGAUAGGUCGAGCAAGCAUGGCCAAAAGAACUCAUCUUCAUCCUCCUCAUCUUCAUCCUCCUCAUCUUCAUCCUUUUCAUCUUCAUCUUCCUCAUCCUCAUCUUCCUCCUCAUCCUCCUCAUCCUCCUCAUCCUCCUCAUCCUCCUCCUCCUCAACAAUAGUUAAGCUGAUUCAUCACUCUAAUUUUAGCUCCCAAGAACUGUUUUCUAAUACCCAAGACCUGAGCCUGAGCCAAUUCAACCCCAAUUUCAUCAAUUCUGGGAAGACUAACAAUCCUCUAUUUAACAAUAUUAACCAUUACUAUAUCUUCCAAAACGUCCCAUCUGAACUUUUCAUGUUUGUAUUUGAUUUUAAUGCUGUUACUUCAUUUUCUUCUUCUGACCAAACUUUACUCAAGAACAUCAACUUUAAAGACAAAUCCAUCCUACACAAUAUUGCGGUAUUACUGAAAAAUUCUCUCCAAGACUUUUUCUCUAAUUCUAAUUGUAUUAAUACCUCCAAUAAUCUCACAAAAACUAGUGGGGACAGUAAAACAUCCCAUAAUUCUAAUCCAAUUCCCAAACCCAAGAACAAAAACAAAAAAAGUAUGAAGGUUAAUCUUUUUGAAUUUAUUAACCACCAAGAACAACAAAAACAAAUACCCCAGGGACACAGUACAGGCUACUCUUCCUCUUCCUCUUCUUCUUCCUGCUCCCUUGAAAACUGGCCAAAACUAUUACCCAUAUCUAAAACACUCAAAUCUAUUGAAAUUGAAUACUUUGACCUCUUGCAAAAAUAUAAUGAUUUAUUUUCUGAGUUUGUCAACAAUAAUGUAUUCAAAAGUUCUUACUCUUUUAUUAUACAAGAAAAUCAAAAUCAAUCUGAUAAUAAUAACAACUCAAUUAUUCCUCUUAUUGUGGAACUUAACAAACUAGAUCACGAAAUAUCCAUUUACAAACAUUUCAUUAAUGAUGAAAGUUUAGAUGAUUAUCCAGAAAUGAAGCUUAAAAUACAAUUACUUAUUGAAAAAGGAUUCCUAAAUGAUAAUCUUACAAUUACAACUAAAGGUAGAAUUGCAUCUGAAUUACUCACAAGUGACGAACUCACUCUUAUUGAAAUACUACUUAAUGGAAUGUUACAUAAAUUAAAUAUUCAUGAAAUCACUGCUAUUUUAUCUUGUUUUGUAUUUCCAGAAAAAAUGGAAUCUUUUUCUAAUUCAAAUAUUAAUAAUAAUAAUGGUUGUGGUGGUAGUAAUAAUAUUAUUAAUAGUAAUAAUAACAUGAAUAAUAAUAAUAAUAAUGGAAACAAAGGAAUUGAAUCAAGAACCAAUAAUUAUUACCCAAAAUUAAACAUUCUUAAUGAUAGACCGUCCCUUCCUUCAGUUGAACUUUUAAAUGCUCAUGAUGAACUUAUUAACAUACAUACUGACUAUGAAAAAACUCAUUAUAAACAUCAAAUCAAUUUAGAUACUGAACAUUUUUGGUCUUUAUGUAAUGAUAAAUUUAUGCUCAUUGCUUAUAAAUGGUCCAAUAAAGAAUCUCUUAAAGAUAUUAUGGAAUUUGUACAUAAUUCAGAAAUGAAUCUUCAUGAAGGUACAAUUGUUAGAACUAUUCUAAGACUUGAUGAACUUGUUAGGAAACUUAUCAUUGCAUCCAAAGUGAUGGGUGACCAAAUUCUUCAGGAUAAACUUUCCCUAAUUCAUGAAAAUAUUGCAAGAGAUAUCAUCUUCAUGACUUCUCUUUAUUUUAACUCAAAUUAA